AUGCACAUGCUAUUUCAGAGCGAAGCGGCGUAUCGUCGACGUCGUGUUUGGAUGCCAUGUGAAACAAACGCGAAUACUACGAUGCUGGUCACUAAUUGUUGUGAUGGUAGUAAAAUUUUAGGUCCGCGUCGUCGAGGAAUGUCACGGAAUUGCAGCACAAGACGACGAGAGGCUAAGGCAGCAAAACACUUGGCACAGCGAAAGGUGGAGAAGAACAAACAGAUGGACAAGAGAGAACAUCAUCAAACUGAAAUUAACAUGACGCUGCAAGACGAGGUGCUGUCAAUGACGAUGGAGAUUGAGACGCUGCAGCGACGGCGAUUACUGCUUGAUUCCGCAAAGAUGAUUGCACGUACCAAUGCGAUGACGCAUGCUAUUGAUCAUGUCAAAAUGUUUUACAUUCUUUUUGCAAAUGGUUUCAACCCUGUCGUUUAUCCCGAGCAGUCGAAACACGCGGCGACUUUUUUACAUGGGAUUAUGACGGAAGACGUUGUGUGUUCUGACUUUCGUGGUGUGGACUUGUUCUUGAAUCAGUAUAAGGUGGCAACAGAAGCCCAUUUUUCAAUGCGUUUGGUUGUGCAUGAUAUUUUUAUUCUCCGUGAAGACGAAUCAUCUCAUGAUAGCGCCAUUCAGGUUUUUGCUAAGGCUAAUGCACACUUUCGAGUUAGUCGCACAACACUGGAGAAAUUGUUUCCUUGCAUUAUCAACGAUGAAGAGCUCACUCAGCAGCUGAUUGGCAAGGAGUAUGCAAUCCAGUAUAAUAAAGUGUUUCAUUUCAAGGAUGGUCGAAUUUUUCAACAUGAAUCUCAAGUGGAUUUCUGCAAUAGCAUGUUGGACAUGGCACAGAACCCUUUUGUUGCCAUGAAGCUUCUUGAAGCAUCCCUCAUGACCAAGCAUGGACACUUGAAGAUAAAUAAUAGCAUUCAAGAAGACAUCAAUCAACUUGAGAAUGCUGCGCUGUAA